UUUAAAAGAGAAGCUGGAGGAAUACAUGGUCCGUUUUGCCAAAGUGAGGAUUGUACGCACCAAGAAACGAGAAGGGCUCAUUCGGACCAGACUGUUAGGAGCCUCGCUUGCUAGAGGAGAAGUCUUGACAUUUCUGGAUUCCCAUUGCGAAGUCAACGUGAAUUGGCUGCCUCCCCUGCUUAACCAGAUUGCACUAAACCACAAAACCAUCGUGUGUCCUAUGAUCGAUGUCAUUGACCACAAUCAUUUUGGCUACGAGGCACAGGCAGGGGAUGCCAUGCGAGGAGCUUUUGACUGGGAAAUGUACUACAAAAGAAUCCCGAUUCCUCCUGAGCUCCAGAGAGCUGAUCCCAGCGACCCCUUUGAGUAAGUAGCAAUAAAGGGGAGAGUGGGAAAAUGAAGCAAAACGAGCAAAAAAGGCGGCUGCAUUAGAAGAAGCCAGGCCCAGGAAUUUCCAUGCAGGCUGCAUCGCAGUAAUUAAAGGUAGUAGAAGCAAGCAGCUAUGAACUUCAAACCGGUAAAAAGAUCAGGGCAACAAGUUGUCAAAUUCACAAGCUGUGCUCAGUAACACUUCCUGAUCUUUUCUGGCCUGGUGGCUGUGUGAAAAAGAAACAGACACAUAGUUAA